CGACACUUUAAUUUAUCCAUACACUGUACAGGCAAUAAUGAAAAGUUUUAUGGCUUCAAGCUCGAGUGCAGACCGACCUGAUAAAUUUUUGUCAUACAUGGUGCCAUCAAUUGGUGAGAUAAAGAAGGAUAUGGAUGACGAAAAUGAAGAGAUUUCUUAUUCAUGGAUCAGAGAGUAUCACUGGGAUGUUCGAGGUGAUGAUGCAGAUGACCCUACUACAUAUCUGUUGGCAUUAGGCGAAUCAGAAGCCAGAUACCUGCCUGUUCCAACAAAGCUCAUGUUAAGAAAAAAGAGGGCGGCAGAAGGAAAAUCAAGUGAUGAAAUUGAACAAUUUCCUGUGCCUGAAAGAGUGACAGUUCGGAACAGAUCCACUGUUUCUGCCAGAGAAUUGAACGAUGCUGAGGAUUAUAUACCUUCAAAGGGAAGAUUCAGCGUGGAUGGAAAGGGUGUGCACCACAUUGAUGCUGAUGAUCACUAUAGUGGAGCUGAAGACUAUUUAUCUGAGUAGUUCCUUCUUUUAUACUGAACAAUAAACUGUAAUAAAAAAGAUUUGCUCAAAAAUUAAAAAAAUUAAAAAUUAAAACUAUAAAAAAUAAAAACUAUAAUUUAAAAGAAAGCUUUGUAGUAGGACUUGUGAUCUUGAAAUUUUAAUUUUUGUCUUUGGACCUAAAUUUGGCAGCAUAUAUUUUCUUGAUUUGACUACCCCCC